GAAGUGGCGUGGCUCCGUGGCCGGCUGGAUGGCUCUGCGCUGCUUUCCCUUCCCUUCCCUUGCCGGGGCUGCUUAUUUAUCCCCGAGCCGCACUUGGCAGCGCCAGCCACGGGGGGAAAGAAGGGUGGGCGUAUCGCCUCGGGGACGGCGAGGCGGGCGUGGGCGGCGGGGCGUUUCAACCUCUGCCAUCACAAAUGAGGGGACAACAAGGGCUGCUUGUGCAGGAGGGAUCUCGUAUCUGGGGGAAGGCUCUUCAAGAGGGGUUCAUGUUUUGCGUGGGGCUCUCAGGCGUUCAUGGGGGAAAUGGGGGUAAAAGGCGUUGCGUGGCUAUGGCAGCUGAGGAAAUGACCCUGUCUGCGAGAAAGCAGCCCCCCUUUUUUCCGCAUUAGCAUUUGUUGGGCUGGGCAGGACAAGGCCGGGCGGCACUGCACUGCACUGCACAAGGGACGCUUCUGCCAUGACAGGCACGGGUCCCAAGAGCCUGAGAGAACCCGUCAAGCUGCUCCUGUAUCGACGGACAGGUUUCUUUCAUCGCGGCCUAGCUGCGUCAACAGGUGCUUGCCCCACGCAAGUCCUAGUGAGACCAUACGGAGGGGCCUUUAAAAUCAUCUUACUGGAGGAGAGAGCGCGUCGAAUUGGUCGGAUUUUCCGUGGGGGGACAGUUCCCAUCUUCUCCCAGGAGCGAGCGAGUGUGCGUGCAAAGCGGAAUAGGGCCCCGCAAAAAGUAGCAGGGGGUCUGCGUUGUUCAGUGGGAGGGCUUUUUAAGCCUUGUCACCUUUUGCACACUCGACUGGCUCCUUCGGAAUUGUUUUGCCACAAGCAGUAAAAAAAUACAUGGAUCUAUGUACCCUUUUCCUUCUGGAAAAUCAACCGGGGAAAGGGUUUUCUGCAAAUUUCGCGCGGGGGGGGGGUUAACUCCUCCCCUUGCCUACUCAUAGCCUUUCUGAGGUUGUUUCUUAUUUGAAAAAAAAAGAAAAAAAAAUUACGGGCAUCUCCUGGGUAAUGUUUAUUUUGAACAUUCCCUGCAAGUGUUUAGAUGGGGCCAGCAGUGGCAAGAGUGGUUUAAAGUAGGACCUAUUUGUGGGCAAAGGAUUAGUUGGGAGUUCACAUGUGAUCAAGAUAAUGCGCGAAAAGUUUUAGAAAGUUGCUGCUUUAUGUUCAUUGCAAAUUCACUUCAAGAUUGUACUUAUGAUUGUCUGUGUCAAAGCAUUAAUGAGAGAUGGAUAUGGUGCAAAGAAUAGAUGCCCCCCUGUGUAAAUUUCCUUAGAUUAUGCAGAUAUUAUUCAAAAUGUUAUUUUCUCGCCUUUGAGUAUCUCUUUAUAUCAGUAGAACCAUUUCUGACUUUACAUCAGCAGGGCUAUUUAUCUGCCACUUUAUACUGCACAGCUUUGUAUACUGUUACAACAUAUGGUUGUGAUGGCUUUGCCCAUUUACCCUUUACCAAAUGGUUGUCUUCUGUUCAAAUCUGAUGGGUAGCAAGAUGGAUCCAGGAAGAAUUCAGAAGCUGGUCCCUGUUUACAAGGAGACCCUUUGGGUAUACAAGAAAAUAAUGGAUUGUUGAGAUGGGAAAAGUGUCUUCUCUGAUAAGUAAAACAGCAAAAUAUCUUUGACUAAGCAUGCACAGUUAGAUGAUUUUCUAAGGUAAACCAUAGCAUACAUAGGUGUAAACUGAUGGAACACAACUUUUGAAAAUGGGCUAUAAUGGCUUGUAAAAGCAAAAACAUGAUAGGGUAGGGAGUAAACUGAAUGGAAUUUAAAACAAAGCAACUAUUUAUUUCAGCAAACUAUGCAAGCCAUAUGUUAAGGUUAGUUUUUUACAAAAUUUCCUAAAAAUGAUACAGACUUCUAAAGUGGAAAAGAAGAGAAUAUUAUUUGAAAAAUAGAGUUUGACAGUGCAGAAAGGGCACAUAUAGAGAAAGGAAGAUUAUGAAAUAGACAAAAGUAAUGUUUGAAAGGAAAUCCGGACAGGUGUUCUGUAGAACAGCCUUCUCCAACCUUGUGCCAUCCAGAAACGUUUGGACUGCAACACCUAGAAUUUCCAGUUAAGGGCCCUGUUGGAUGCGAAUUCUGGGAGAUGUGGUCCAAGUGCCUCUGAAGGCCACCAGGUAGGGGGAUGGUGCUGUAGAAAAUAUACAGAAAAGUGAAAGAAAAAAUAAGACUUUAAGAUGUAAAGACAAGGAAAAUGCUUUGAACAGUCUGAAGAGAAAAUAUAACUAUAGAAUAGAGAAAAUGCUAUAUAAACUGCAUUGAUUAUAGCUCUGCUAUUAACAACAGCAAUAAGAGAAUUUUCUGUAAAAGUUCCUAAAUCGUUAAAAGUUUACCAUAAGAACAAAAAAUGAAAUAUGGAGAAAUAGAGAACAUUAAAAUUUAAUUUCAGUUAUAUCCUUUAUAUAUGUACUUGAAAGUAAGCCUACAUGUUCAAUGGUGGUUAAUUCCAAACAUAUGUGAAUAGGAAUGCAGUGAUGAUGCACAGGCAUAACCAUACUCAGCCAAUUCUAUUACCAUCGAUACUAUUUGCUUCAGACUUCAGUCUAAAUGCACUUCAGCUAGCAUGCUUACAGCACAAACAGGUUCAUGUUAAACAGAAGCAGUUUCCAGUGUGUUCAGUGGGCCUUAUGUACUAAUAAGUGCAUUUAAUAUUGCAUCUUUUAUUGUCAAGUUUUUUAAUAGGAUGCUUAGGUGUGAUAACUCAACAUUUGCACUAAAGCACAAUUGGUUAGGCAUGUAAAACUCCUGAUAGAAUUUAGCUGUGAAUAGAAGUCAGUAGGCACAUGACUAAGUAGCAAAUAACAUUUUGUGGAGAAGACUGCUAUAAGGAAGAAGCUCCUGGAGCCCACAAAAUGCAUUUCUGAUCAUAUCUACAGAUAAAUGGUUCAGAGAAGUGAGAGAAACACCAAAGAAACUGUUCAGAAGUUGAAGCUGCUGUUACGUAAGUCGUAGAUUAAAUCAGCUUUCAAGUCAUGAUCCACUGUGGCGGAGGCACUGUAAGAAAUACUGGCUUUUAUCUGAUGCUGAGAAAUCUCAGAGAAAUAAGAACUGGAAGGCGAUCUUUAUAGAUAUGUAUGCUGACUUAGGAAGGUAUAUUCAUUAUUAUCCAACACUAAAAAAAGCCUGGGAUGAUUUGGAAAACUAUUUGUUGCAACGCUGUCCUCGGAUGAUUAGUUCAUUAAAAGAAAGUGUUCGAGAGGAAGAUCUGGAUGCUGUGGAAGCACAAAUCGGUUGCAAACUCCCUGAUGACUAUCGAUGUUCAUUUCGGAUCCAUAAUGGCCAGAAGCUAGUAGUUCCAGGGUUGAUGGGAAGUAUGGCACUUUCCAAUCACUAUCGCUCUGAGGAUUUGUUGGACAUUGACACGGCAGCUGAUGGUUUUCAGCAGCGGCUAGGACUGAAACAAUGCCUCCCCCUAACCUUUUGCAUUCACACUGGAGUGAGUCAGUACAUGGCUCUGGAGAGCGUGGAGGGUCGCAAUAACUAUGAGAUCUUCUACCAAUGUCCAGAUCAAAUGGCCCGUAAUCCUUCUGCAAUUGAUAUGUUCAUUACAGGUAGUUCCUAUUUGGAAUGGUUCACCACCUACGUAAACAAUGUAGUAACAGGUGGCUUUCCCAUCAUCAGAGACCAGAUUUUCAGAUAUGUUCAUGAUAAGGAUUGUGUAGCAACGACAGGAGAUAUUACUGUCUCCGUCUCUACAUCUUUUCUACCUGAAUUAAGUUCUGUACAUCCACCUCACUAUUUCUUCACUUACAGAAUCAGAAUUGAGAUGUCCAAAGAUGCACUUCCAGAGAAGGCUUGUCAGUUAGACAGUCGGUACUGGAGAAUAACCAAUGCCAAAGGUGAUGUAGAAGAGGUUCAGGGUCCUGGAGUAGUAGGAGAAUUUCCAAUAAUCAGUCCUGGUCGAGUUUAUGAAUAUACUAGCUGUACCACAUUUGCCACUACUUCUGGAUAUAUGGAAGGUUACUAUACAUUCCAUUGUCUCUACUACAAAGACAAGUUUUUUAAUGUCACCAUUCCUAGAUUUCAUAUGGUUUGCCCAACAUUCAAGGUAUCUACUGCACGCAUGGAAACCAACCAUAAUGAAUGUGCAAUGGAUGAGGAUGAAGAUUCAACAGACACUGAUGAAUAUGAAGAUAGGCGCAGAAUUCUAGACAUUCCUGCUCCUUCUGGACGCUGCCCACGCCAGACCUGAUCAAACUUUCAAAAAACUUUUCUGGGUUAUGUGGGGCAAUGACAUAUUAAAUGAAUAUUAAACAGUAACUUGGCAGUGGAACAGCUAGCAUGAAUGCUGGUUCUGGCUUGAAUCUGAUCAGAUAGACAGGGUUUUGUCUUGCAUUUGUUUUUGGAGGGAAGUAAGAAUACAAUAUUGUGGUGAGCUUUAUUCUUUCUAACAGCUUAACAGUUGGGGGUGUGGUAAGUCACUGUAUAUUUUAAAUUUAAAACCAGAAUGGUGCUUUUGUUUCCUUUUUCUAAAUAAAGCAGUAUUAGUUGGCAACAAAAUGACAAAAAUAGGCAUGCCAUUUUCACAAUGAUUUUGUACUGUUAUCCGUCUUUGCCAUAAGUGAAGUAUAAUUCUGUCUAAUCAUUGGGAUGAAUUGGGUAUUCUUUUACCAGAAAAUGCUGAAAUAUUUGAAAGGAAGGUUACAUUUUUAGUCCUGCAUUCAGUCUCUGAUCUUAUAUAGGCCUUUCUGGGUGUGAGAUAAGCAUCCUGCCUACUGCAUUUUGCCAUUUAUAAACCCGAAUAUAAAUAUGUAAAUAGCUUUAUUUCCAAGUUCAAUUUAGCUAUUGUGAUAAGUGAUUAGUAUUCUAAGUAUAAAUCAUGUUUUUUUCAACACUA